UAUAAAAAUGCAAAAUAUUAACGAGGAAUUAAAACAAGCAGUCAAUAAAGAUGACUUAGAAAAGGUUAAAGCUCUUUUGUCUGCAGGUGCUAAUGCUAACCUUAGAAUAGGACAUCAUAGAGAAACAUUACUUCAUAAUGCUGCUCGUAGUAUAGAAAUGGUUAAAGUGCUUGUAUUGGGUGGUGCUGAUGUUGAUGCAAGAACCAUGUAUAAUGAAACUCCACUACAUUUUGCAGCAAAGAGGUUGAACUUAAAAUUAAUCAGAGGGCUUCUGAAAUACGGUGCUGAAGUAAAUGCACUAGGCAGUUACAGACAUACUGCACUGAACCAUGUUGCAAAAAGACAAAGUAAUGUAGAUCCGGAAAUAGUUAAAGAACUAUUAAAAUAUGGAGCUGAUAUUAAUAUAGAAAAUCAUGAACGACGGAGCUAUGAUGAGAAUCCAACAUAUAGAUCACCAUUAGAUAACGCUGUAUUAGGUAACCUAGAAUGCGCUAAAUUAUUGAUUAAAUUUACUUUAAUACGGAACAUCAACAAGGAUUACCAAAAAAUCAUUAACUUAUCUCCUUAUAAAAGAUACAGUAAUUACAGUGCGCUAACAAGUUAUCUAGAUGACUGUGUUUCUGAAAUACUUCAAAUGAAAACAGAUGUAAUAGAAGAUGGCAUUCCACUAUAUGAAUUAGUUGCAAAUAACUCUAACAUACAUGUACGAUAUAAUAAUCAAUUAUCUGUAAAACUAUCAAAAAUUGAUUAUUCCUUGCGCUAUCCAAUAUAUAAUGAUGUCAUAUCAGAAAAGUUAAAACUGUUUGCGGAAAGAAUAGAUUUGUUAAAUAAGUUAAGUACAAUACAAUUUUAUACUAUAUUAGAUGUGGCUGAUCAAGAUGCCAAAAAAAGGAAAAUUAUUCUGGACCAAGAUUCUACAUACCAUGUAACUAAAUUUCUAUCCAAUGAUAGCUUGUCAAACUUUAUAGUAGCGUUUGAUGAUUCCAAUAAAUGUACAUUUCAAUCCUUAAGUUCCUCAGAUAAUCUCGAAGAGAAUGAAACUUCUAUGAGUAGUGAUGCCAAACGUGCAAAAUUAGAUCAUUUUUGA